UGGCUGAGCCUAGCCCGGUAGCGGUUUGUCCCUCCCGGUCCGCCGUAGCGCGCCGCCCCGCGGGAAGUGAUGGGAAGUGUAGGCGGAAGAGGGCGCUGAGAGCGGCGGGAGGGAGUUUUGAGGGGUCCCCGGGAUGGAGCCCCCCCCUCAGCCCAGUGCCAUGGAUGCCCUGCACGAGGCUGGGAUCCACGCCGCCGUGGCCCUGCAGGCUGGGCCGCCCUGGCUGGAGCAGUUCUGGCUCCUGCUGACCUCCCACCUGGACCCCAACUCCAUCUACACCAUCUGCUUCCCGCUGGCCCGCGGCCUGGACGAGCACGUGUCCUUCAUGGUCCUCUGGAUCGCCUUGGUGGCCGAGUGGCUCAACGUGGUCCUCAAGUGGUUCCUGUUCGGGGAACGCCCGUACUGGUGGAUCCACGAGUCGGGGCUGUCUGAGCGAGAGCAGCUCCCGCUGCGCCAGUUCCCGGCCACCUGCGAGACAGGACCAGGGAGCCCCUCGGGCCACUGCAUGAUCCUGGGGGCGGCCCUGUGGCCGAUUGUCACCGCCCUGAGCAAGGCGAUGUCCAGGUACACCCGCAGCCGGCUGCUGAGGCUGAUCCCGUUCCUGCUCUACAUCCUCCUGCUGGUGGCCAUGGGGCUCUCCCGCAUCUUCGUGCUGGCCCACUUCCCCCAUCAGGUGAUCUCCGGCUCCCUGGCAGGGAUGGCUCUGGGCUGGGGGCUGCAGCGCUGGCCCCCCAACUUCCUCAAGGUUCGUUUCUUCCUGCUGACGGCUCUGGGGCUGCUCCUGAGCGCGCUGGCCCUGCACGGGCUGGCCACAGCCGCGGGGCUGGACCUGGACUGGUCCCUCCGCCGGGCCAGCGCCCGCUGCUCGGAGCCGUCCUGGCUGCGGCCGGAGACGCGGCCCUGGUCCUCGCUGUGCCGGGUGAGCAGCAGCGCCCUGGGGCUGGCCCUGGCCGCCCGGCACCCCCUGAGCCGCCGAGCCGCCGAGGAGCUGCAGGCGCUGGAGCCGCCCCUGGGCAGCGCCACGCUGGGGCUGCUGGCCCUGGACAUGCUGCACAAGCUGCCCAAGAGCGGCGACACCGCCCUGUGGUACCUGAACGUGGGUGCUCGCUACACCCUGGGGCCCGUGCUGGUGGGCUCCCUCCUGCCCCAGCUCAUCCUCACCCUCCGGCGGCUCCGGGCAACCCCCUAGACCCUCCCCCAAUAUCGGGGAGUGGGGGGGGAUCUGCUCCCAGUUCGUCCCCAGCUGUCCCAGGGACCCCCAAAUUGAGUAGGGGGUGUCUGCUCUCUUGCCAGUUCAUUCUCACACUCCUUUUGUCCUAGGGACCCUGAAAUCGAGUAGGGGGUCCCCACUCCUGUCCCAGUUCAUCCUCACCCACCCUUUCCUCCAGGGACCCCCGAAUUGAGUGGGGGGCCCUGCUCUGCUCCCAGUUCACUCUCACACUCCUUCCCCCCAGGACCCCCAGAUUGAGUGGGGGGUUUCUGCUCUGUUCCCAGUUCACCCUCUCACUCCUUCCCCCCAAACUGAGCCGUCGUCCCGGUUCAUGCUCACCCUCACCUGCCCCAGGGACCCCCCCUCACCCCGGGUAGGGGGUCCCUGACCCCCCAGGGCAGAGCUGGGGGUGCCCCGUGCCCAGUGGGGUCUGGGGACACAGCCCAGGGACAGCCCCGGCCCGGGGACACUGAGCUGCCACCCUCUCCCCAGCUGUCCCAUCCCCUCUGCAGCAGGGAUGGGACCCCCCCCGGCCCGCCGGGACCCCUCCUCACCCCGGUGUGUGCGGGGCCGCCCCCGUUUGGAACCAAAUAAAGCACCAGAACCGAGCCGGGCCCCGAGUGCUGCGGGGGGACACGGGCAGAGCCGGGAGAGGGGGGGGACAGCGGGGACAGAGCCCCCCCGAGCCCGGGGGUGACAAAAGGGACCCCCCCCUCCCCGCUCCCUGCGCCUCUUGGGGAAACUGAGGCACGUGGGGACACGGCGGGGAGAAGGGGGCAGGGAAAGGGACACAGGGACAGGGAAAGGGACACAAGGACAGGAAAAGGGACACAGGGACACCCCCAGCACCCCCAAAGGCAGCGGGCCCGGCGGGUAUUGCCAGAAACAGUUUAUUUAUACAAGGACGAACAUCGGUGACAUCUUACAAAAUACUGAACCGAGACCCAGAGCGAGCGUGAGCGGGGACGGACGGGACCGGGGGACACGGGGGACACACGGCGGGGCGGGGCGGGGACACCAGCCCAAAGCAAGCCGGGCACGCUGCCGGGGGGCCGGAGACCCUCCUCCUCCCCCUGCCCCAAAUCCAGAGGCGUUUCCCUCUCCUGGGAUGGGGAGGGGGAUCCCCAGAGUUGGGGACACGCACGAUCCCCCUCCCCUUUCCUCACCCUAAUCCUUCCCCCCACCCAGGAGAGGUGACAAGGACAACCUCAGCCCUCUGUCCUAAUUUGGGACCACCCCAAAUUCCCUCCCCACCCCCGGAAUAAUUUAACCCACGACGUGCUGUCCCUGUCCCAGUCCCCCCCUCCACCCCCCCCAUUAAAAAAAUACUAUUAAAUAAUCCAUCUGUAAUAAAAUUAUAUCCCUUUUUUGGGGGGGGUUGGGUGGUUUUCUCUCUUUUAAAGCUAAAAUUGCUCCGAGGCCCCUCUGGCUGGUGACAAAACAGGAAAAUAAAGUGGUUUUUCCUCUUU